AUGAGGGCUUGCAGGGACUGGGAAGCUCCGGCCGGGAAGAAACGGCCCGCGCCUCCCUACCUUGCAGCGUCAGAGCGGGGAAACGAAAGAGAGCAGGGUGGGGACGGUGCCGUCACCCUGGCAGCGGAGAAGGGCUCCCCGGCUCUAGGUAGCCCGCACAGCCAGAGCGCUCGCCAUGACGGUGGUCCGGGCAAGCUGCUGCGCCUCCUCUUGCGCGUCCUCGGCGCCCUGUGGAGCAGCCUGGAGCCUUUCUGCGUGUGGCGCUGGGGGGUGUGGGUGCCCACUCCACCGCUCGCCUCCAAGGCGGGAGUUGCUCCAGGGCCGGUGCCGGUCAGCGUCAACUACCACUUUACGCGGCAGUGCAACUACCGAUGCGGUUUCUGCUUCCACACGGCCAAGACGUCCUUCGUGUUGCCCCUGGCCGAAGCGCAGAGGGGGCUCCGUGGGCUCAAGCGGGCCGGUAUGGAGAAAAUUAACUUUUCAGGAGGAGAGCCAUUUCUUCACAAGAGAGGAGAAUUUGUGGGGAAGCUGGUAAAGUUUUGUAAACAGGAGCUAAAACUCCCAAGUGUGAGCAUUGUGAGCAAUGGAAGCAUGAUUACAGAAAGGUGGUUCAAAAGUUAUGGGGAAUACCUGGAUAUUCUGGCAGUUUCUUGUGACAGCUUCAAUGAGGAAGUCAACGUUUUAAUUGGCCGUGGGCAAGGAAAAAAGAACCAUGUUGAAAAUCUCCACAAGCUCAGGGGAUGGUGCCAUGAUUAUGGUGUGGCUUUCAAAAUAAAUUCGGUAAUUAACAGAUUCAAUGUAGAAGAGGAUAUGAAUGGCCAGAUUCAGGCACUAAAUCCUGUCCGCUGGAAGGUAUUUCAGUGCUUGCUCAUUGACGGAGAAAAUACAGGGGAAGAUGCUCUGAGAGAAGCAGAGAAGUUUGUCAUCAGUGAUGAAGAAUUUGAACUGUUCCUACAACGUCAUAAAGAUGUUUCAUGCUUGGUGCCUGAAUCUAAUAAAAAAAUGAGAGAUUCAUACCUAAUUCUGGAUGAAUAUAUGCGUUUUCUGAACUGUACAAAUGGCCGGAAGGAACCUUCUCGAUCAAUUCUGGAUGUAGGUGUUGAAAAUGCUAUACAGUUCAGCGGAUUUGAUGAAAAGAUGUUUUUCAAGCGCGGAGGAAAAUAUGUGUGGAGCAAAGCAGAUAUGGCACUUGAAUGGUGACGAGACGCUGAAAGGGUAUAGAAGCCAUAAACAUCUAAAUUAUUCUACUCUGCAGAGAAAGAUAGUUUAAAAGAGAUUUUUUCCUACGUUCUGGUAUUCAGCACUGUUCAUAUGUGUGUUGCUUGUGCAAAGAAAACAGUCAAUUUACACUUGCUCAUAAAUAUGGAAAGACCCUCCCCCAAAGAUCCAAACUCCAAAUCUUAGGAAAGGGUCUGAGAUGCAGCACCAUCAAACUCCCUGUCGCUAAUUAUCACAGAGAAGAACGUUAAAAUAUUAAAUGGUGACACCGAAUGGCAUAUAGAAGAACAAGAUAGGCAAUUGACUGGCAAAAAGAUAGUCUUUCAGAUGGUUGUUUGCAUAUGUGGGCCAAAAUGGUCAUCACUUAGCAUAUAGUGUAAAAUAUGUCAGUAAAGUGAUUUCAGUGUGUUACUGCUUAGUUAAGAUUCAUUCCCUUGAUAUCAAGAAGUGUCAAAGUGUUUUUAAUAGUAUCCCUCACAGUCUAAUUUAAACAUAGAAAUUUAAAAGUGAUUGAAGUUCAAAGGACCUGCACACAACACGAAGUGGAGAUUCCCUGCAGUAGCCUCCCUAGAGAGGUGGAGAACUGAACAUCAAAAUAGAUGCUGCUGGUGUAUUUUCCCAGGUUGUGAAACAAAGAACUGAGCAUAUGUAGCCCUUUACAACAUGCUGGAAUCCCAUCAGCCAGCUAUUUGGGAAAGGAAUCCAGGGAUUGGACUCCUUCUGUUCUAUUAGGUGCAUUUCUUGCUUCCUUUAAAGGGCUUUAUGUGUACUUAGUCCUUACCUUAAGAUUCCUUUCCUUUUUAUGGCAAUGUACUUGAAGUGUUAAUAUAAGCUUUUAAAAGUAAAAGGCUAAUUCCGCACAUGCAGAAUAAUGCACUUUCAAACUGCUUUCAGUGCUCUUUGAAGCUGUGCUGAAUGGCAAAAUCCACUUGCAAACAGUUGUGAAAGUGGUUUGAAAACGCAUUAUUUUGCGUGUGCAGAAGGGGACAAAGAGUUCCGUUGUGCUCUCUGGGCCUUACUUCUAAGUUAAGGGUGCACAUGAUAGAUCAGAGUAACUUGUACUGCUUUAUGUUAUCGUACUUUGGUCACAUUAUAAGAAAACAGGAUUCACUGGAAGAGACAAUAUACUAGGCAAAGUUGUGGCAGCAGGAAGAGGAAGACCCAGCAAGAGAUGGAUUGACUCCAUCAAGGAAUCCACAGCCUCUGCCUUCAAGACGGAACAAGGCUGUUAAUGAUAGGAUGCUUUGGAUUUCAUUCAUUCAUAGCAUUGCUAUAAUGAGGAAGCGACUUGACAGCCAAACCACACACACAAAUGGUCAUGAACAAAAGUUCAAAUGGCUAAAGAAAUACAUACCUUAGAUAUAUACCUCAUACGUGGAAAAUUACAUGCUCCUUUUUUAAAAUAAAAAUUUAUAAGUAUUAAAAAUGUUGCUCCUUUUCAUUUUACUGAACUAAGGCUUUACAGUGAUGAGCCUCAGAAUAUAACUUGUGAUAUAAACUUUGAGGACUAGAAUCGUCUCUCCUUGGAUAAUGUAAAGGCACGCUUAUGCCACUUGACCUGUCAAAUUCUUUUCCUGAGCUCUGGAGUUGUACCGCUGUAGGACCUCACAAUUUUCAUUUCUAGUUGGUUGCUUUCCUCCACAAGCCCCAAAGACUGAUCCAUGCAAGUGAUUUUAUGAGGGACAGAACUAGAGGCUACAAAGGGCUACCACCUGCAUUAGCCUGUGGUAGAACAGAUUUGAGACCAGAUCCUACAGACCAACAAGAGUUUCUUUUUGAAAGCUCCCUCCAUUCAGACAUGCUUAGAAAUGAGGAUCUCUGAGUCCUGUUAUCCUAGUCAGAGUGCAAAGGUGCAAUGAUCAGAGAAAAAGCAGAAAAUUAGCAUCUGUAAGUGAGAUGGGAGAGCCAGUGUGAUAUCAGACUAGGAUCUGGGAAACUCACUUUUCAAUUCCCAUCUACCAUGGAAGCUUGCUGGGUGACCUUGGGUCAGUCAUCAGUGGUCCAUUCCACACAACACCAAUAAAGUGUUUUGAGGUCUGAAAAGAAAGCAUUUCCUGCACUAUGCCUGCACAGCUUUUUGCUCAAAACAUUUUGAAAACGUUUUAUUUUUCCUCAAAACAUUUUAUUUUAAAAAUGAUAAACUAGUGACUUUUCUGUUAAAUAUUUUCAAAAUGCUUCCUAAGUGUGUGGAGAACAGGAAAUAUUUUAUUUGUAAGAGCUCUCACAUUCAUUUUGCCUCACCCACCAUUUUGUGCUUCUCUGUGCCACUUGUCAUUUGCAGAGUUUUCCCCAGGGACGUUUCUCCUGCCGGCAUUGCUUCUGGGUGACCUUUCACUGAUUUAAGUACAUCAAUCAACUCAGCUUUGCCUGCCAAUUUUGGAUUGUCACUUUCCUUUUUUUUUUCCAGUGAGGCAGCUUCAACGCUAUGGAGGCUCGAUAUGUUGGUUUUGAGUCUCCAUAGCCAUAGCUUCAAAGCUGCCUUCCUGCAAAUAAAAAAAAAAGGGGAAGUGACACAUUGCCAAAAUUGGCAGGCAAAGCUGAGUUGAUUUAUGCGCCGUAAAUCAGUGAAAGAUCACCCAGCAGCAAUGCCCGCAGAGGAAAUGUCCCUGGGGAAAACUGCAAAUGGCGGGCAGCACGGAGAAUCACAAGUGGCACAAAAUGGUGAACCCAACAAAACCAAAGUGAGAGCUCUUGCAGUAAGUUGCAGGUGGGAAAAGGGAACCAGAUGUGCCUGAAACCCUUUGUUUUCCUGCGCUUUAUGGGAGAAAAAAGCCAAAAUGGUUCUUUUUUAAAACGCUCCUCGAACAUUUUAACUGGUCUGUGGAAAUGAUCAGUCUCAGCCCUGUCAAGCAUUUGGAUGGGAGACCUCCAGGGACUACCACAGCGGCCUGGAGGUAGGAAAUGGUAAACCAAUAAAGGGGAAAUUUUCUCAUAGUUCCUUUUAAUUUUGAUUUAGUUUUUAGUGAAUAAAAUAAUUGCUGGCCAUAAGUAGUAAACUGUGUCCCAGCUCUGACCUGGAAUUUUACUAUAUCUUGGUCCUGUUUGAACUAGUUGCUUCCUGGCACUGACUAGAGGAAGGCUUAUCUCUUUUAAGUGCCAGGUUGUCUUUUGUUAUUCUUAAGUGAGCUGGGCAAGGCAAUACACCCUGGAAGGAUUAUCAAGCGCUAGCAAAGAGCAUCUCAAAUAGCUCCUCCCCUUUGAAUGAGGUCCCUCCAUUACCAGCUCCUGUACAGAAGAGUUUAAGAAGAAGAGUUUGGAUUUAUAUCCCGCCUUUCUCUCCUGCAGGAGACUCAAAGGGGCUUACAAUCUCCUUGCC